AUGCUUAACAAACUAACUGUGACCCCAAAGUAUCUUGAGAAAGGACACACGCAGAUGGAGUGUCAUAGCAUGCAUUCCGUCAUCGAGAGAGCAAUAAGACACAAGAAAAUAAACGUGCCGGCGGACUAUGCUUAUCUGGCCAAAAUAGCUUGCAAAAGAAAUCCUUAUGAAGUUCAAUACCUUUAUCAUCACUUUUUUAAAGAUAUCGAACAUACAUUAACUUUUUACAAGUCAAUCAAGCCCGGAAGAAAAGCAGGUGAUCCAACUGUAACUAAUCUCAGAGUUUUGAAGUAUACUUCUGACGGGAUGAUAGUCUAUAAACUAAGACACUCCAGCACUAUCUGGGAAGAAUUUCCUAUCAGAACGAAGAAAAUAAGUUGCAUUCCAUGGGAUGAGAUUCCUCAGCUGUAUUCUACUAGGCUAAAAAUUAAAAAGGAAAAGUACCAGGAUCUCCAGACCCUUAAACACACAAUGGAGAAAGAUUACCACAAAUUUUACGAUGAUUUACCUCACUUUUAA